UGCUGUUGGAGGCCUUGCAUUUUGUGCUGCAAAUAACAGAAGUUGCUGGGUUUCUGUAAUUAUUUAUACUUCUGUUUCUUUACGCUUACAGUCAGUAGCUUUUUUGAGGUGCUGAAUGGUGUAGCUUGUGGAUCGUGGAUCUGCAGACUAAAACAAAGAAUCAUGAAGCUAGAGAUGCCAGAAAGUUUUGAAGACGUUGCUGUUGAGUUUUCAAUCGAGGAGUGGAAGAUGUUGAGUAAACAGGAGAAAGAGCUACACAAGGAGGUGAUGAUACAGAACUACGAGAACAUGAUUUCUGUAGGGUAUGCCAUCCCAAUCGAUCAUCUUUUUGUAUUUAUUAAGAAGGAUGUGACAAUUACAUCUGUAGGUCUUGAAGGAGAAAUGACAGUACAGAAAUGUAAGGUUCCAGACAGCAGAAUCAGAAUCCGCAGGAAUGCAGAGCUCAGUGAGUUUCAGAAUCAGCAGUCAUCACAUAAGAAAUAUCAUAAUUCGGAUUGUGACAAAGUUUUGCCAAAUAAACUGUCACUCCCACAAUGUGAUCCAUUACAUGUUCAAAAUAAACUCCAUAACUAUGUGGCAAAUAAUGAUGAAAUUAUCAGUAAAACUGAAACAGAAAUGAAUCUGGAAACUUGUGAAUGGAAGAAGCCAUCUGAAUGGCUUAACCGCAACAACACGUUGCCACUUCAUAGUAGGCUUUUAACUCUCAGUGAGAAAAGAAAAAAGAAUACAGUGGCAACAGAUAAACAAAUAAUCAAUAUAAAGAGUACAUAUAAAUGUGCAACAACUGAUGUUAAGAAUGGGGAUAAAUCCUUCACGUGUACUACGUGUGGCAAGAGUUUUGCACAGAAGGCAAACCUGCUAAAGCAUCAGCAUGUCCACACGGAUCCAAAACCAUAUAAAUGUGUUGUAUGUGACAGGGGAUUUGUUCUGAAGGACAACAUGAUACAGCAUCAGUAUACGCAUACUGGGGAGAAACCAUUUAAGUGUGCAGUGUGUGACAAGAGUUUUAUACAAAAAAGAAGUAUAUUAAAGCAUCAGUUAGUCCACAUUGGACAGACACCAUAUAAAUGUAAUAUAUGUAAUAAGGGCUUUACAGAUAAGGGGGGGUUGGCAGUGCAUGAGUUUAUCCACAGUGGGCAAAAACCCUAUAAAUGCACCACAUGUGACAAGAGUUUUAGAUACAAGAACACUUGGAUAAGUCAUCAGAGCACCCACACAGGGCAGAAGCCCUAUAAGUGUGCCAUAUGUGACAAGGGUUUUACAGACAAGAGAAAUAUGACUGUGCAUCAGAGUAGCCACACUGGAUUGAAACCCUUUAGAUGUGGUGUAUGUGACAAGGGUUUUACCUGUAAAAGUCGUCUCACAGUGCAUCAGGUUACCCACACUGGGCAGAAGCCCUUCAAAUGUUCCAUAUGUGACAAGCGUUUUACAAUGAAAUCUAGCAUGGAGAAACACCAGUAUAUCCACAUGGAUGAAAAGCCAUAUAAAUGUGCUAUAUGUGACAAGGGAUUUGCACAGAAGUGUAACAUGUUACAACAUCAGUAUGCACAUAUUGGACAGAAACCCUUUAAAUGCACAGUGUGUGACAAGAGUUUUAUAAAGAAAACCAGCAUGGAAAAACAUGAGUUAGUCCACAAUGGACAGAUACCAUACAAAUGUAUUACAUGUGAUAAGGGUUUUACAGAUAAGGGAAGUUUUGCACGUCAUCAGAUUAUCCAUACGGGUCAGAAACCUUACAAAUGCACUGUGUGCAAUAAUAAUUUUAGAUACAAAAGUGCCCUGGUAAGUCAUCAGAUUAUCCACACGGGGCAGAAACCCUAUAAAUGCACCAUGUGUGAUAAGAGUUUUAGACAGAAAAGUGCUAUGCUGAGUCAUCAAAGUAUCCACACUGGACAGACACCCUAUAGGUGUACCAUGUGUGACAAGGGUUUUAGAGAUAAGACAAGUCUGACAGCCCAUCAGAAUACCCACAGUGGACUGAGACCCUAUAGAUGUCCCACAUGUGACAAGGGUUUUACAUGUAAAAGAAUUUUGACAGUCCAUCAGCUAACUCACAGCGGAAAGAAACCCUAUAAAUGUCUCACCUGUGGCAGGAGUUUUACAUUAAAAGGUACUAUGGAAAAACAUCAGUAUACCCACACAGAUCAAAAACCAUAUAAGUGUGCCAUAUGUAACAAAGGUUUUGCACAGAAAGGUAACAUGGUACAGCAUCAGUAUGGUCACACGGGUCAGAAGCCCUAUAAGUGUAACAUGUGUGACAAGAAUUUUAUAAAGAAAAGCAGUUUAGUAAAACAUCAGUUACUGCACACUGGCCAAGCACCAUAUAAGUGUGAUACCUGUGACAAAGGAUUUGCAGAUAAGGGGAGUUUGUCAGUGCACCAAAAUAGUCACACAGAGGAGAAACCAUACAAAUGCCCCAUGUGUGACAAGUGUUUUAAACAGAAGAGCAGUAUGGUAAGUCAUCAGAGCAUACACACGGGGCAAAAGCCCUAUAAAUGCCCAUUGUGUGAUAAGAGUUUUAGAAAGAAAAACACUCUAAUAGGUCAUCAGAUCACCCACAGUGGACACAAACCCUUUAAAUGUCCUACAUGUGAUAAAGGUUUUACAGACAAGAGAAGUCUGACAGCACAUCAAAAUAAACACACUGGUUUGAAAUCCUAUAAAUGCACAACAUGUGGCAAGGGUUUUUCAUAUAAAAGAAGUUUGGUAGUGCAUCAAAAAAUUCACUCAAGAAAUAAAGGUAAUGUGAUAAAAUAUCUGGAUGAAGGAAAAAGAUAAGAAAGGUGACUAGAACUGAAAUGAUUCUCAAAUUUUGAUUGGUAUCUAUAAUAUACAUAGUUUAAGAACUUAAAACAUUUAUUUAAUUAAAGGUCCGGAUGGAGAGAUGAGAGGGUCCAGAUGGAGAGGUGAAAAGUCAGCAAGCAAAGGAGAGUAGCAGUGCUGAAACUGAAUUCAUCCUCACGUCUUGGUGAGUACCUUCGCGAGGUGGACCCUGUUUUAAAGAAAUCUUACCAAG